AAAGGCUCCAACCAAUUUCAACUGCCGCAGCGCUCAGUAUCACUCACUCAAUUGAUUCAGCAGUAGAGAAACAUGGUCGCUUCGGAAGGUCAACCAACCCGUUUGUAUGUGAAGGGUGUCUUUAUGGGCUACAAGCGUGGCUUCACCAACCAACACGCGCACACGUCGUUGGUGCAAAUCCAAGGUCUGCAAGACCGCAAGGACGUCGACUUCUACCUCGGCAAGCGCAUCGCGUACAUCUACAAGGCCAAGGCGUUGAAGAACGACUCCAAGUUCCGCGUCAUCUGGGGCAAGGUCACCCGCGCCCACGGCCAGAACGGCGUUGUCCGCGCUAAGUUCCGCAAGAACCUCCCCGCCAACGCCAUGGGCAAGCCCGUGCGCGUCAUGUUGUACCCUUCCCGAGUGUAAGAGGUUGCCAACAGACAUCAAUUGUUGAUCAAUUUCUCUUUCUGCCGUCCCCGUCGCCUCUACCGCUGCUGCCGCCACCGUCUUUUUUCGGGACGAUGGCCCCCCAGGUGCUGCUGCUGCGGCUGCGUCGACCGAUUAACGAAAGUGAUAUUGUAAUAAAGAGUGGGUUCCGAA